GCCGCGCCACCGGCAUGUGCUCCCCACCAGAGAGCGCUAUUGGCCUUCCCGAAACCCGCACCCAGCCCCGGGAGCGCGGGCCGAGCUUGUCCGCGAAGCUGCCCCCGGGCACGAUGGAAGCAGUGCGGGACCCGGGGGCGCUGGCCCCCACGCCGGGCAGCAGGGACUUCUUGUUACAGGCCCAGGAAUGUGCCAACGUCCCAGUUUGGGAUCUGCCAGCCCGGCUUGGGCGGUGGCUUCCCUCCCUCCAGGGUCACCCUAGGGAAUGAGAAGGGAGGGCCAGGCACAAGGGUGGCGCUGCUCCGCACUCCCCGCCACACCCCUGCUCACCGGAGCAGCGGGAACAACGCGAUCAGGGGCUGAGCUGAGGAGGAAGAACUGGGAGCUGGCGGGAGAAGGGGAGCGAGCGGGACUGUGCGGAGGGGAGAAUGUGUCUGGGAGCAAAACACCGACACCCCCAAGGCAGGGUGGGAAACGGGCCCCACGCCAGACAGCCCGGAGGGCAGAGGAGCCCACCGCGUCCUUCCCCGCGCCGGCCUGUGGCACGCACUAAAGUCGGCUUGCAGCUGAAGGCUGGGCGGGCAGGUCCCUCCCCCACCCUUCUGCAGGCCCGCAGACGUCAUGGGAGGGAGGUAUAAAAUUUCAGCGGAGAGGAAUAGAGAGUCAGUGUGUGUGAGAGAGCGAGGGGGCCCCGGGGCCGGGGAGGGCGAGCGAAAGGGACUCGGAGCACCGGGCUCCGGCUGCGCGCUGGGGGAUACCGCCAGCAGAGCCCCUAGGAGAGGGGCGAGGGGCAGGGCAGGGCUGCCCCAGGCUCCCACCUGGAUUCCCGCGGAGGCGCCAGAGGGAUGUGCAGCCCGGCCGUCGCUUAAUUGCGCCCAGCCCCGAGGCAGCAGCCAAUGGAGCCAAGCGGCAGCGAAUGACAAACCCCACCCUGUCCCCCGAGGGGAUGUGAGCUAAGGGGAGCGCGUGGAUGGUGCGUGCCCGCAACAAGUGCCGAGCCCGCGCCUGCCCGGCCCUGGGGGGCUGCCCUGCCCUGCCCGACACGUGCGCCGCAGGUCGCUGCUCCAGGGACCUGCCUCUGGAGCUGCCAGCCUGCCCCGCGGCACAGUCGAGCUUCAGCGUCGCUGCUGUUGUUCCUGGCAGUGCGCAUCGUGCGCAGCCCCCCUCCCCUGGUCUGCCUGGAGCCCUGGCUCAGCGGGUCCUGCUUAGACACAUGGAGAAGGAUCCCGGCUCGCCGAGGCACAGAGCCUGUUUCUCCUUCCUAAGUGUUGCCAGCGCUUCCUGGAAGUCCUGAAUCGCUCACAGCGCUGUGAGUUCAUGCACCUUCUUGCCAAGCCUCAGUCUGCAGGAUCUGGGGAGGCUGCACCGAAAGCCCUGCCUGGUCUCCCUAGCUCACUUGCGCUUCCUCUGGGGUCUCUCUCUGCUGUGGCCCCCUCUUUACUCUCGCACAUGAAGAUGCACUUGCAACGGGCUCUGGUGGUCCUCUGCCUGCUGAGCUUUGCCACCGUCAGCCUCUCGCUCUCCUCUUGCACCAGCCUAGACCUUGACCACAUCAAGAAGAAGAGGGUGGAGGCCAUUAGGGGGCAGAUCCUGAGCAAACUGAGGCUCACAAGCCCCCCCGAGACAGUGGGACCAGCUCAUGUGCCCUACCAGAUCCUGGCCCUGUAUAACAGCACCCGGGAGCUGCUGGAGGAGAUGGAGGAGGAGAAGGAGGAGAGCUGCGCUCAAGACAGUCUCGAGUCCGCCUACUACGCCAAGGAGAUCCACAAAUUUGACAUGAUCCAAGGUCUCCCUGAGCACAAUGAGUUGGGCAUCUGCCCCAAGAGCAUCACCUCCAACGUGUUCCGCUUCAACGUGUCCUCAGCAGAGAAGAACAGCACCAGUCUGUUCCGGGCUGAAUUCCGGGUGCUGCGAGUGCCCAACCCAAGCUCCAAACGCAGUGAGCAGCGCAUCGAGCUCUUCCAGAUCCUCCGGCCUGACGAACACAUAGCAAAGCAGCGCUACCUCAGUGGCAGGAAUGUGCAGACGAGGGGCUCUGCAGAGUGGCUGUCCUUCGAUGUCACUGAGACUGUGCGUGAGUGGCUCCUGCGCAGAGAGUCCAACCUGGGUUUGGAGAUCAGCAUCCAUUGUCCAUGUCACACCUUUCAGCCCAAUGGAGACAUCUUGGAAAACUUUAACGAGGUGCUGGAGGUCAAGUUCAAAGGCAUCGACAGUGAAGAUGACCAUGGGCGUGGGGACUUGGGGCGACUGAAGAAGCAGAGGGGCCUUCACAACCCCCACCUGAUUUUGAUGAUGUUACCCCCCCAUCGGCUUGAGAGUCCAGCUCUGGGAGGCUACAGGAAGAAACGAGCUCUAGACACCAAUUACUGCUUCCGGAACAUGGAGGAGAACUGCUGUGUGCGUCCUCUCUACAUCGACUUCCGACAGGACCUGGGUUGGAAAUGGGUCCAUGAGCCCAAGGGCUACUUCGCCAACUUCUGUUCAGGCCCUUGCCCAUACCUCCGCAGCGCAGACACAACCCACAGCACGGUGCUGGGCCUGUAUAACACGCUGAAUCCAGAGGCGUCUGCCUCGCCCUGCUGUGUCCCCCAGGACCUGGAGUCCCUCACCAUCCUGUAUUAUGUUGGGACCCCCAAAGUGGAGCAGCUCUCCAACAUGGUGGUGAAAAUCUGCAAGUGCAGCUGAAAGGCACCCAGCCCUACCCAAAGCUGAGAGAGAAACUGUUACAGCUACUCUCCGGCUCCCAGAGUAACAUGAAGGGAACAAGGGGGCCAGAGAC